CAACAGCUGGGCAGCUGCGGAGGAGCCGGGCCCUCGGGAACCGGAGCUUGGCUAGAUUUGGGGCCGGGCCGCGGCGGCUGCGGAGGCGGAGGCAGCGCAGCUCGGGCCGGCCCUCGGGAGCUCCCAGCGGCCCUCAGGUCCCUGGCCCCGCGCCCUCCCUCGGCUGACUGCCUUAACGCAGGCCCCGGAGCUCGGGCCGAGCCGGCCUCAGAGAGCCCCCGCGGGUGCCGGGAGCGGAGCGAGAGGAGGAGGGGAAGGGGAAGAGCCGGACGAUCCGGAGCCCGCCCACGCCGCAGCCUCCCCGGGGCCUGGGAGCAAGACCGAGGGCCAUGGCCGAGGCGGCGCCAGCUCCGAUUCCAGAAUGGGAAUCAGAGUGUACCACUUCACUGCAGUCCCUCCCACUGCCAAGUGAGGCCCACCUGCAGACAGCAGCCAUCUCCCUAUGGACAGUUGUGGCAGCAGUUCAGGCUGUAGAGAGAAAGGUGGAGGUGCACAGCCGGAGGCUUCUGCAUCUGGAAGGGAGAACAGGAGCAGCUGAGAAUAAGCUGAACAACUGUGAGAAAACAGUAGCAGACCUUGGGAACCAGCUGGAGGGCAAAUGGGCUGUGUUGGGGACCCUGCUCCAGGAGUAUGGACUGCUGCAGCGGAGGCUAGAAAACAUGGAGAACCUGCUGAGAAAUAGGAAUUUCUGGAUCCUCCGACUUCCCCCAGGUAUUAAAGGAGAUAUCCCAAAGGUGCCAGUGACGUUUGAUGAUGUCUCCAUCUACUUUUCUACGCCAGAAUGGGAGAAGUUAGAAGAAUGGCAGAAGGAACUUUACAAGAACAUAAUGAAGGGCAACUAUGAGUCUCUCAUCUCAAUGGAUUAUGCCAUGACACAACCUGAAGUUUUGUCCCAAACUCAGCCAGAGUCAGAGCAGAAUGCAGAGAACCAGGCAAGACCAGAUGAGAGUGAGAUGACCACAGAACCCAGUGAUGAGCCAGGCAUUUCCACAUCAGACAUUCUGUCUUGGAUUAAACAAGAAGACGAGGCCCAGGUGGAAGGUUCACAGGCGCCUGAGGAAAGUGACAUUUACAAAGGCACCUAUGCCGAUGAUGAGCUUGCCAUCAAAGCUGAAGGGCUUGCUGGAGGCCCUCUGUGUUCAGAUGCCCAGGUUCCCUCUGCCAAUCCGCCAGCAGUGGCAAAAGAUGCUUUCCAGGAUGCAGCUUUCAAGAGCCAGCAUCCUCCACCUGUGCUGCCCUCUGGACCUCCACUUAGUAACCCCAUUGACCCCCUUGGGGGACAGGCUAGUUUCACCCAGCUGGGCAACCUUACCCUGCCCCCUCCACCUGGAGAGCAACAGCAACUCUUCCCUUGUCAUCGUUGUGGCAAGAAUUUUAACCAGAAGGAAAUGCUGACCGACCACCAGAGUAGCCAUACUGGUGAGCGUCCCUUUGCCUGUGCCCAAUGUCCUAAGCGCUUUGCCCAACAGGCCAAUCUCAGCAACCAUGCCCGCGUGCACACAACUGAGCGGGCCCAUACCUGCCCACAUUGCUCCAAGAGCUUCGUGCACCCCUCUCGGCUUACCUACCACCUGCGGGUCCACAGUGGUGAACGGCCCUUUCCGUGUCCGGAAUGCCCCAAGCGCUUUGCUGACCAGUCUCGGCUCACCAGCCACCGACGUGGCCACUCUGGUGAGCGGCCAUUUCGCUGUGCUCAGUGUGGUCGGAGCUUCAGCCUAAAGAUCAGUCUUCUGCUCCACCAGCGGGGCCAUGCCCAGGAGCGCCCCUUCUCCUGCCCUCAAUGUGGCAUCGACUUCAAUGGCCACUCGGCACUGAUCCGCCACCAAAUGAUCCACACGGGUGAGCGGCCCUAUCAGUGUGGCGACUGUGGCAAGAGCUUCAUGCGUAAGGAGCACCUGCUCAAUCACCAACGGCUGCACACAGGCGAGCGUCCCUUCCACUGUGCUCACUGCGGCAAGAGCUUCAUUCGUAAGCACCACCUAAUGAAGCACCAGCGCAUCCACACAGGUGAGCGGCCCUACCCCUGUCCCUGCUGUGGCAAGAGCUUCCGCUACAAACAGACGCUCAAGGACCAUUUGCGAGCAGGCCAUGACGGAAGCUGCAGUGGUGAUGGAGAUGUGCCCGGGCAGCCUCCAGACCCCCCUGGCCUCCUCCUACCAGGGCUGGAGCCCACGGGCUUAGGGAUGGGAGCUGAUGGCCUAGAAACCAACCACUGGUCUGGGGAGGGCGGUGGAGGGGGUGUUUUAUAACCCCUCAUCUCUUGUUUACCCAGCGAACGGAAAGUCCCAAAGACAGGGAGCCUGAGGGCAUUUUAAACUGGCUCUUUGGUGCGCCUUGGGCAUUUCACAUCUAACUAGGGACAUGCCUGGUUGUUUGGAACUUCCCAAUACUGCAAAUAACAAAGACACAUUGUGAAACUUGGAGGAGCUUGAAAAGAGUCCACCCACCCCGUCCUUAUGAAGAAAUCACAUGAGCUGAAGAGGUGAUAAUGUUGCAGAGAGGCUGAAAGCAAGAAAUUGGUAAAUCACUGGCAGAUAAUCUAAAUUAGUUUGUAGGUCGAAGUCCAGGGGAGGGGCCGGUAGCAUGGGAAAACGUCUAAAACGUGAUACCUUCCCUGUACUAUGGAGUUGAUGGCCCAUUGAAGCUUCUCCCUAACCCCUGGGUGGGUGAGGUGGUUGUUAGAGGGGAGUGCUAGGCCUGGAGCCACCAAAUGAGGGCUGGCACUCUCUCCUCCUGGUUCCAGCAUAGAUCCACCUACUUGUAUUCCUGCUUAUCUUCCCUGAAAUAGACCCAGCAUGAUGGAGAUUCCUUUUCUUCAUCCGUGUCAACUCAAGACUUGUCCUGCUAUAAGAUUUCUUGGAUUUAAUCAAUGUGAUUUUCUUUAAAUAUUGGAUCAGCCCAGGGUAAGAGAUUUGAAUUUUGUAGGUUGAGAAUCUCCUUAAGGAGAAUUGGUUGGUUUUGACUUAUUUACUGGCUUGGUUUACAGUCUUCCCUCUCUAGUAUUCAGGAUUUUACUGAAAUUUAAAAUUCCUGGAUAUUGGCAUUCUCAGCCUACAUACCAUCCCUGACCCCCAAAUCUGAAAAAUAGGAUUCAUUGUAGUAAAUGGCAGGCCAUGUCUCUAAAGGCACAGCCCAAGAUUUGUGACAAGGCCACCAAUUUUAGAUGUGAAUACAUCUAAUCUAUACAUUUUUCUAUGUCUUUACAGAAAAAAAAGCUAGCUUUUCUCUUUCUGAUAUUUUGGACAUUUGUGACUAUAUAUGGCAGAAAAGAUUACAACUCACAGCUUUCAAACUAGCUGAAGCCUCUCGUUAUUUGUUUCAUUAGCAAUGAAACUGUCAUUUGGUAAUGUGGCUGGCUCAAAUCAUUAGAGGAAGUGUAUGUUCAUUCCCAUUUGGCCCUACCUUGGGAAAGUGGUAAAAAGCUUCCUCCCUAGCUGGUAGCUGGCCCUUCCUUGUACAUAAACAACCUAUCUGCCCCCAUCAUGCUCUCAGGGCUACUGGCUAUUGUGUGCACAAGUUCAUUAGUUGUUGUGUAUGGGUUCCCCAGUCAUCUGGAGCAACUGAGCCACCUGGUUCUAUUUCUCAUCGCAUUGGGGCCUGUUACUUCCUUCUCUGGGCCCUAAUUUACCUUUCUGUAAAUUAAGAACAAUCCCUGGCCAGUUCAUCUCAGACAGCUGGUGUUAGGAACAAGUAAGACUAGAAGUGUUCUGCAGAAAUGCAGAAUGUGAUUGAGUCGGGCAGCAUCUCCUCCUCUCCUGUCAAAAACCCAUUUAAUUAUUUUUCAGUUUCUUAUGUAGGCAGACUUGAAUAGGACAACAGAGUUAAGGUGGAAAAACUUGUGGCUGAAGCUUGACCCACAUCUAUUAGAAUUGUAUGUAUUUUCUUAAGAAUAGAGAACCUACGGGAGACAUGGGUAGUGUUCUCAUAUAGAAGCUGCAGCCCUGCACAGGAGAGGCUGUUAGCCUCAACCAGAAGGAGGAAGGCUAACAGCAUCUCUCACCAAGUAUUCUUCUGCUCUCAGAGAGUACUUUAGUCUGUGGUAUUAAAUGGCAAGACCUUUACUUGGUGGUUUGAGUGAGAAGGUAUGUCUUUCCCUCACAUUCUGACCUUAACUCUCACACAGAUGGCAUAAUUUUCCCUGACUAGCAGUGAUGUUGAGCAUUUUAAACAGAAAGGCUUUGUAAAAUGUAGUGGAAAGUGUUGGGCGAGAACUUAGGACAUCCAGGUUCUGCCAUUAAGUAGUUUUGUGACUUUGGGCAAAUCACCUCUCUGUCUCAGUUUUCUUGUUUGUAAAAUUGUUAGAAGACCUUCCAGAGCUAAGAUAUUGUAAUUCUAUGAGGCAUAGUCAACAUACUGAAUGCAGAAGAAUGUACAGAUUUUCUAGGAAGAAGCCACAAGAGGACGGCAGGUGUCAGGCUCUCAGCACUGACACAAACUGGGAGUUUAACAUGGACUCAUGAUCAUCUCCUCUAAUCUCCCACUCCCUGACUAGUGAAGAGAACCCCAGACCGGCAAUUCAGAAAAAAAAAAUCAUUUGCUUUUUGAAGAUCAGAAUGUGGACAAUCAAAUUGCUACUUAAAUAAAAGGACUAACCUCAUGAGUAGAAAAGUGUCUAAGGGCUGUGCCCUUAGAAAGAUGUCUGGGGUCCAAUUUCCACAUUGAUCCUUCAGGUCCCUCGAAUGGAUUAAGCUGUUAGACUGGAGUUUGAAAAGGUGCUUUAAGAUAACAAGAUCAUAAGUCCUCCUAGGCAAAAAAGAUGAUCCCCAGCCACAGGUCCCAGAUGCAGCCAACCGUGUCUCACCUGGAUUCUCUCAGUAUUCUUCAUUUGUGGCAGAAAAGUUUAACAAAUAUACUAGCCUGUCCCCACUAUUCACCACUCUGCCCUCCCUUUCAGUUAAAAGUUCAUGCCUUUACACACAGAUAUCAUCUAUCUCCUCUACCAUUUUCAACCAUUGUAAUUGUCAGUUGCCAAGCAGUGACUUAUAUCACUAAUUAAUCCAAUUGGUUUAUUAAGGAGAUCAGAAUAAACAGACUCACUCUUUGCUGGGUAUUUUCAUUGUCUCUUGUGGGAUGACAGUUAUUCUACAUGCAAAUUGGUGAACGUUGGUAAAUAAUCAGCCUGUAAAUUAGUUUGUUACCUAGCAAGAAAAAUGGUCAUUAUCCUUCACUAUUGACCCAAUAUUGGGGGUACCUUAUUGCGGGCCCUGGGGUAACAUCAGGAACCUCUGUGACUUACCGUCAUCAAAAGAUUUUGUUCUUAAUAAAAGGAAUCCUUAGAGCCUCGGUGAUUAGGAAAUCUAGGUUUUUGCUCCCACUUGCUUCAUAUAGUAUAAAGGUAACUCAUGGGUUUAUCCUCAGACCCCCUCUGCAGAAAGAGGAGACUGUCUGAAUCAGUAGAAGUCACCCCAGAAGUCUCUCUGCAGUACUUGAGGGUGACAUGAUGGGAAUGAAUAAGUGAAUGAAUCCCUCAGAGGCCAGUGGGAGAGAUUCCCUGGUCUCCUCUGGUUCCUGGUGGGGCUGCUGGGUUGCCUGUGAAGCUUUAUCUUCACUCUUCAGCUCCAUCGUAGGCAGGAGCAUAUUUCUAGAUUAGAGCAGCCUGUUUGGCUCAUGGAUGUUUUGUGCAAGGAGCAUUUUUUGUCUUAGCAGUUUUUGUGACCUCAACAUGAGCAAGAGUUAAGAGUGUUCUCAGAGCAAUGUGUACCCUUUCAAACUGUCCCUUCACAAACACUACUCUGUAUUCUAGUUUUUCUUUCAGUGGACGUGAAUAAACAAAAAUAUACUUCAUGUCACAGUGUAUGUCAACUGUGAAAGCUUCGAAAGGAACAUCCCAAAUAAUUAGAUUAUAUUCGUGAAUACAAAAAGAGAAACCAGUUUCCCACCAUAGAAUGCAAACAUGAAGUGGGGAAGACAUCUGUGCCCAGCCAAAAGCAGAGGGGCACACCAAAAAAGGGACCAGGGUGCUCUGAGGGACUGUUGAGUAAGCAGUUCAAAUAAAGUCAUAGGAGUUUUGAUAAA